CGUCUCUCCGGUUCAAAUUACUAGUCUGAGUGAACGAACAACAAAACAUGUUGGAGUGCACCAGGUUGAGCUGUUGACUAGCAACAGCCACCUGCAGUCACCUCGACUAUUCGAUUCGACUGACUGCUAUAUGAUUCCCGUCGUGUCACCGGCCGACAACCCAGAAAGAUGCCGCAGAAAGCACUGGGAUCCAUUGUAGGUCUGCUUUAUACCGGGACCUGUCUGGUGCAGGCAAAAGAGUUCUGUUUUGGUGUAAAUAAUGAACAAUACCGAUGUGAGAUGGGUUACUGCUGUGGGGAGACCGAGUGUUGCACCUACUACUAUGAACUAUGGUGGUUCUGGUUAGUAUGGACCCUGAUCAUCAUGCUGAGUUGCUGCUGUGCCUACCGUCACCGCAGGGUUAAGAUGCGCUUGCAACAGGAGCAACGGCAACGUGAGAUCAGCCUCAUGGCCUACCAAGGAGCCUCCAGCUCCUUCAUUUCCCCUCCACCACUCAACCUAAGGCUCUGGAACGACUGCAAACUACCUGACUAUGAAGAGGUUGUAGGCCACCCGCCAACACCACCUCCUCCUUACUCUGAAAACCCUCCCGAGACUGCUCCAGUGCUCCCUUCACAAAUGUACCAGCAAGAUGCUGCAUCAGUUCCACAACCCGUGGCGGCGGCGGCGGCGGUGGUGGUGGCAGACCCAAACUGUCAGGCAUCAGGCUCAUCAUCAGAACACGGAGCGGUGUCAAUGCCGGUCCAAGUGCAGCAUCACGAAGAGGAGAGUGUGGAAGCUUCAUUGAUGGCGGCAGAGGGGGACAGCGAGGAGGAGGAGGAGCUUAACACUCGACGUCGGCAUGUGACCGGCGACUCAGGGAUUGAGGUGUGCGUUUGCCAGCUUGACAUAGACGAAGGCUCGGGCCUCGAAGAGGAAAGCGAUGAGGAACAAAAGAUGUGCAGGGUCACCGGUGGUGACUGCUGCUCCAGGCAUCAGCAGCAAACCUUCAGACAGAAGGAGUGCUCCCCCGAGCAGCCCAGCCAGACCGCCAGCACCAGCACUGGGGACCACAUGGUGUGAUCCACGGCAUAACCAGUCAGCCAUUCAGUGUGGCUUUCUACUUCACACAUGCAGAUAUUACAUAGCUGUUGCCUUCACCAUCAGCAUAUGCACUGUCUGUGUUAAUAAUUCUUUGAACCGACACAUAGGCAUGAUACAUGUUACAAUGAUGACGAUGACUAAUCUUAUGGCUCCUGAAAAAAAGUUUUGGAUUAAUGCUGAUGCACCAUUUGGUAUGUUUUUUUAAAUGUUAAUGGUAGGGGGGAAAAUGUGGCUGGGUCAUGAGAGGGCAGCAUUUGAUUGUGACCGUUUUCUCUUAUGCUCCUAUCGUAUCUUUGAGCACUGCCAUCAUGCCUCCAUGCCACCUUACAUCUGACAUUUUGCCUCCAGUGGUCAUUAAGGAGCAUACCAACAUGGUCAGCAGCAUUUCUUGCCCCUCUAUCACUAAACAGAGGAGUCAAAAAUAACCUCCUUGAUGACCUGGGGUGAUACUGGAUUAAUUGAUAAGAGUGUACAUUUAUCUCCCCCCCCCCCCCCCCC